AUGCAGGCGCUACAAGAUCUAGAGCUGCCAUGCCUGCUCGGCAAGGCCAUCCAGACAACCAAAGUUGCCAGCAACGGCAACCACUGCAGGCACUGCUGGCUCGACGACGACUUUAACGCCACAGGUGCGACCACCGUCUGCGCGAACACCUCGGAUCUGACGCACGCCGCGCGCGGCAUCCGCACGGACGCGAGGCGGCAGGCCCUCGCGAGCCGCUGGCUGGCCUCCCAGGAGCUGGCCGAGGCCCACCCCCCGUUCUGCCCCUGCUGCAUGGCCGUCGAGAACCUGGCGCCAGGACGCCGCUUGCGGGCCCCGCCGCGGGGCCGGAGCCGGUGUUGUCGCUCGCCGCCGCGGUCGCGCGGUGCGCUGGGCAGCCUGCGUUCGGCGCAGCGCGGCGCGGCCCUGCAGCCACGAAGCUGUCGCUGUGAGGUGCGGGCGUCCGCGGGGCGGCGGGCGCGCAGUGGGAGUUCCGGGGCGAGGGGGCAUACUUUAUGUUAA